GCAAAGAGGUCCUCCCGUGAGUUCAGUUUAGACAUUGCUUACCGAGUGAUCACAACUGAGUAUAUCUCAAGAGAAACUGUUUUCAUGAAUUAAAAGGUUUACAUCCAGUAAUAGGAUAUAAACUCGUUAUGUAUUUCAAUCAAUUUGUGCUGAUAUUCGGCACACUAUAUAUUGGUGUUAUUCUCGCAUCGGGAGGUUAUGGAGGAGGCGGUGGCGGCGGUGGUUAUGGAGGAGGCGGUGGCGGCGGUGGUUAUGGUGGUGGCGAAUAUCAUGAACCGCCUAUAGUUAAAGUGAUACACAAGACUGUCCACAUUCCAAAGCCAGUGCCAAUACCUAAAGUGAUACAUGUCCCCAAAAUAGUUCCCAUUCCUAAAACUGUAGCCGUACCUCAUCCGGUCCACAUUCCAGUCAAAGUUCCCAUCUAUAAGACUAUCAAAAAAAUAAUACCCGUCCCGAAAACUAUACCAGUACCUAAGCCGGUUCCAGUCCCAGUUCCCAAACCAGUUCCGGUGCCCGUACCAGUAAUUAAACACUAUCCGGUGCCAGUUUUCAAGACUGUUCCCGUACCUAAACCAUAUGGUGUUCCAGUACCUGUAAAGGUACCAAAAUAUGUACCGUAUCCCGUACCAAAAACAAUUCACGUUCCCAAACCAUACCCGGUUCCCGUUAAAGUGCCCAUCUACAAGCAAGUGAUUGUCAAGAAACCCGUACACGUGCCCGUACCGGUUUACAUUAAGAAAAAGCCGGUCUACCACCCACCCUCCUAUGCUUCAGGUUAUGGAGACUACGCCAAGGCUGCCAGUAAUGUCCAUGAAAACAAACAAUUGCCGCCACAGACGCAACCCAUUCAACACCAACACCAACACCAACACCAACAACAACAACAACAAUCAUCAAUACAUGAGCCACAAGAACAACAACAACAGAAGCACUGA